GCAUGGGGCUCUGGGUAACCGGGGCUCACCUCCCUUCUGUCUGUUGCAGGAUGGGGUGCGUGAAGUCCAAGUUCCUCCGGGCCGGAGACAAUACAUUCUCAAAAACUGAACCCAGCGCCAACCCGCACUGCCCUGUGUACGUGCCGGAUCCCACAUCUACCAUCAAGCCGGGGCCUAAUAGCAACAACAGCAGCCCACCAGGAAUCGGGGAGGCAGGCUCAGAGGACAUCGUUGUGGUUGCCCUGUAUGAUUACGAGGCCAUUCACCACGAAGACCUCAGCUUCCAGAAGGGGGACCAGAUGGUGGUCCUGGAGGAAUCCGGGGAGUGGUGGAAGGCCCGGUCCCUGGCCACCCGGAAAGAGGGCUACAUCCCAAGCAACUAUGUCGCCCGCGUUGACUCUCUGGAGACAGAGGAGUGGUUCUUCAAAGGCAUCAGCCGGAAGGACGCAGAGCGCCAACUCCUGGCUCCUGGCAACAUGCUGGGCUCCUUCAUGAUCCGGGAUAGUGAGACCACGAAAGGAAGCUACUCUUUGUCCGUGCGAGACUACGAUCCUCGGCAGGGAGAUACCGUGAAACAUUACAAGAUCCGGACCCUGGACAACGGGGGCUUCUACAUAUCCCCCCGAAGCACCUUCAGCACCCUACAGGAGCUGGUGGCCCACUACAAGAAGGGGAGCGAUGGGCUCUGCCAGAAACUGUCGGUGCCCUGCAUGUCGUCCAAGCCCCAGAAGCCUUGGGAGAAAGAUGCCUGGGAGAUCCCCCGGGAAUCCCUCAAGCUAGAGAAGAAACUUGGAGCUGGGCAGUUUGGGGAAGUCUGGAUGGCCACCUACAACAAGCACACCAAGGUGGCAGUAAAGACGAUGAAGCCAGGGAGCAUGUCGGUGGAGGCCUUCCUGGCAGAGGCCAAUGUGAUGAAAACUCUGCAGCACGACAAGCUGGUCAAACUUCAUGCGGUGGUCACCGCGGAGCCCAUCUACAUCAUCACGGAGUUCAUGGCCAAAGGAAGCCUGCUGGAUUUUCUGAAAAGUGAUGAGGGCAGCAAGCAGCCCUUGCCAAAACUCAUUGACUUCUCAGCCCAGAAACCCUACUGGGCAGCAGUCACGGACCAGGGCAAGAGCCACUCUCCCUGAUUCACAGAAGGGAAACAAACCAAGGAAGGAAAAGAGGUUCUGAGCCUUCAUCUGUCAGAGGUAGACUCAGAGCCCAGGGGAAGAAAGGAGUCCACCUGGGGCCUUGGUCUUCACCGCCAUACUCAGAGAGGCAGCUUGGAGCAGCAGGUGGGUUCCCCAGCCUGUCACCACCAACUGGCUAUUGACCUCCAACCCACUUUGGGUCUCAGUCUCCCCAUUUGUCAAAUGAGGG